AUGGACAUCACACAGAGAUUCGUGUCCGUAGCACACCCUCAAGCCAAUGGACAGGUAGAGCUGGCAAACCGCACUAUAUGUAAGGGGAUCAAGAAGCGACUUGAACGAAGCAAUGGGCGAUGGGUCGAGGAGCUGGACACGGUAUUAUGGGCAAUCAGAACCAGCCCGAAGACUACUACCAGUGAGGCCCCCUUUACUUCGGUAUAUGGGUCAAAUGCUGUGAAAUCUGCUGAGGUCAGGUUGGAAUCUCACCGUGUGGCUACUUAUGAUACCACAAAGAACGAGGAAUUGCGUCGUCUUAAUCUGGAUUUGGUCGAGAUAUAG